UUUAUACUAGGGCUUCUAAUUCUACUAAAGGCCACACAAUACUUGACUCACUUCAAUUAAGCUAAGCUACAUGGUUGACCGUAAAGCAUGUAAUAUUCCAGAAUGAACCCAAUGAGUAUUUAAUUGAUUCUUUCCAUUUCGUAUUCAGAAUUCAAGAUGAAUUCGAAACUCUCCCGACUUCAGAGAGUUUUCAACUUAACUUUUACGAGAAAUUUUUCGCCUAGAGAAGGGUCGCAGCAUGGUGUUCAAGGUAGACCUGCCCUAUAUGGAAUGAUACAUGUACUGCCAACAGCCGGAUCACCGCUGUCCAAGGGUGAGUCAGUUUCUGAACUAGUGGACAGAGCCCUGGAAGAGGCGGAGAUAUUCAGAAAGUACCAAUCAUCUUUCUCCGGAGUCAUAAUUGAGAACAUGUUCGACACUCCCUAUCUCAGACCGGAACAGAUGCGUGCAGUGUCUCCCCAUACUGUGACUACUAUGGCGGUCGUGGCCAAUGAAGUGAGAAGGGUGUUGCAGAGGGGGGAGGGGUUCAAGAUUGGGAUACAGAUAUUGUCAGGAGCAAACAAAGAAGCUCUGGCAGUUGCCAUGGCAACAGAUUGCGACUUCAUUCGGACGGAGGGGUUCGUAUUUGGUCACGUGGGAGACGAGGGGUGGACGCAAAGCUGUGCCGGUGAGUUACUGCGAUACAGGAGAACAGUAAAUGCCGAACACAUCGGAAUAUUCUGCGAUAUUCAAAAGAAGCAUUCCUCACAUGCCAUAACAAGUGAUUUAUCAGUUGAGGAUCACGCAAAAGCAGCUGAAUUUUUUGAAGCAGACGGCGUAAUUUUAACUGGAAAAGCGACUGGCGAUCCAGCUAAUGUCGAACAAUUACAUCUAGUGAAAAAUGCCUCAAAAAGAUUGAAAGUUAUGAUUGGCUCUGGAAUCGAACCUGCAAACAUCGCUGAAUACGCACAUGCAGAUUGUUUGAUCGUCGGAUCUAGUCUUAAAGUCCACGACGACUGGAAAAACAGAUUAGACGAGACAAAAAUUCAAACCCUUGUUGAUCAGUAUCAAAAAAUUAAAUUAGAAAAUUGAACCUCAGUUAUCAGUAAAUCAAUUUUGCUCUUUUUAAUUUAUUUUUUUAAAUG